AUGGCGAGGGAGCAGGAGGUAAUCCGCCUCCUUGGGGUCCUUCUCUUCCUGCUCUCCGGUGCUUGGUCCACGUCGUCUGCCUCCCCGGCCCCGGUGUGCGCGGGCUCACGGGAGCCGGUGGUGCUGGGAGAGGCGCUCGGAUUCUGCGGCGGCGACGACGGCCUGAGCUGCUGCGACGCCGCCGCCGACGCGGGGCUCAGGGCGGAGCUCGACGGCCUGCGCAUCUCCGACGACGCGUGCGCCGCCAUCGUGAAGGCCGUCCUCUGCGCGGUCCGCCGAGAAAGAAACGACGGCGAGCAGACGACGUGGACCAAGCACCGGCAAGCAGACGACGUGGGCCGCGGAGGCAGACGACGUGGACCAAGCACCGGAGAGCAGGAAGAGAAGGACCCCGAGGAGGCGGAUUACCUCCUGCUCCCUCGCCAUGAAUCCAAGGAGCAGGUGAGAGUGAGACCGUGUAGUGAGAGGGUAAGACAAGGGAGGCGGUUGAUUUGA